ACAGCUCCACACCGUGAGUCUGCAGCAGCAGCAGCAGGAGGAGGAUGACGGGCAGCGGGGAGUGUGCCUUGCUUUCCGGCUGCGGGCAGAGAUGGCGUCCUGGUGCCGGUGAAUAAGCAGAAAAACCGGAUCAGAGGAAGGAGGAGGAGGAUGCGGGAGGAGGAGGAGGAGGAAGAGGAGCAGCUACAUCUUCAUCAUCACCCAGAGGAAGAGUUUCGAUGAAGGGAGAAACGCUGUGAGGAUUUCCACGGAUGUUUUUGUUCUUCUUCUUCUCCUGAUCUGAAGCAGAGGUGUGACUCCUCGGAGGGAGGGAGGGUGGGGGUUUGUUGUCUACCUCAGCUGUUUCUCCCUCCGGCGGGGGGGCUCUCUGCUCCUCAUCCGACGCAGGGAGGAGAGGGCAGGGGGGAGGCGGAGAGGGAGGGAGGAAGAGGGGGAGAGGAGAGGGGCGAUGGCCGCCGGAGGAGCAGGAUGCGGGGAAACGGUGGAGCAAUGCCGGGCCGAGGUGGAGCGUCUGACCCGGGAGCUGGCGGAGGCGAACCGGGAGAAGGUCCGAGCGGCGGAGUGCGGUCUGGUGGUCCUGGAGGAGAACCAGAGCCUGAAGCAGCAGUACGCGGACCUGGAGGCCGAGCAGGAGGCGCUGAGGCUGGAGCUGGAGCAGCUGCAGGAGGUGGGCUCAGCAGGGGUAGGACUCCGACUCCGGAAAGUAGACCUUAGAGAUAAUGUCAUGACAGUAGUCCUCUUUAGAGAUGCACCGAUCCAUUUCUUUCCGAUCCAAUCCGAUAUCAAUACCUGGGCUGAGCGUAUCGGCCGAUAUCUUACACCGAUCAAAUAAUACUGUUGAAUUAAUGAACUGUGUACCUGUGAAUGAAGGUGUCAGGCUUGACAUUAGCCUUGUAAAAAAAAACAAAGGUAACAGAUUAACACAGAUAUAAAUUUACUUUAUAUUAUGUAUUAACAAAUAACACAUUUCACAUUAGCACAGAGCAAAAAGAAGUUAGACUUCCAUGUAAACAUUUAGUGCAAAAGGAUAGACAGACAUAGAACAUAGAGCGAACAGAAUCACUGUGUUUGAUAUUAAUUGAAAGAAGAAGAAAAAACAGACUGGAUCGGAACGCUGGAUUGGCAUCUUCCAUUAGAUAACCGAUCCAGUUAAUUUUUCAAUAUCGGAGCCGAUAUCCGAUCCAAAUAUCGGAUCGGUGCAUCCCUAGUCCUCUUGAUAGUCUGCAAGAAGACCUCCAGAGCAGAGAUGAGUCAGUCAGGAAAGCAGUGACCUACAGUAAGUUCUCAGUGUUUACAUCAGCUGGACUGAUAACAAUAGACAGGCCCAGAUCAGAACCUGACCACCAGACCAACGCCUUCAGACUGGGACUUUUACAGACUUAAGAGAUCAAAUCUGAAGAUUUUACAGUGUGCAGUGUCACAUGAACAAACUUAACGCCUGUUUUCUGAUAACAGGAGUCUGCAAAUCAAUACAGUUUCAUAGAAAAGAACUCAAGGGUGUGGACUAAAAAAGUCCUCUGAAAACUGAGAACCAGCAAAGCUACUGGUAAAACCAAAAAAAGGAUUAAAAUGACACAGAAUGUAUCAAAAUAUAAGACAAAUAUUUCCAAAUACUCCCAUACCAGUUUCCAGCUCGAUUAAAGCCUCUGUAAAUAUAUUUUAAUGUUUAUUAAAUGAACUGAAAGUUUAACUGAUUCUUGUUCAGACACUCAAAAGCAAAGAAUAUGAAUCCAAGAUCAACUGUCUCAUUUUAGGUCUGUUUCUAAAAUAAAUAUAGAAGUAACAGGUAGGGCUGGGCGAUAAAACGAUGAUAUAUAUCAAAAAUUAAUUUCCCUCAAUAUCAAUAUAAAACAUGAUCAAUAUGCUUUUUAAUAGUCGUCAUUCUGCCAUGUUUUGGUCGACUGUACGAACAGCCAAUGAAGAGGGGAGUUUCUCCGGGUCUGAACCAAUCAUGUUCUGAAUUAGAACCAAGUAUCAACCAACUGCAGCGUCGUAGCAGACAGCAGCUCCACCCAACCAUAGCACUUUAACAGGUGAAGCCGACAGCACUGUUGGUGAGAAACAAAGAAAAUGAGUGCUACCCCCGACAGAAAUGACCAUGAAGGCUCAACAGAUGACCACAUCAAUGUCAACCACAACACUGGCGUUAGGAAAACGUCGGUGGUGUGGAGGUAUUUUGGUUUUUGGAGGUCGGACAUGAAGCAGAGUAAUGUGGACUGUAAAUUAUGUCGAGUACAUGUUCUCACAAAGUCGGGGAAUACCUCAAAUCUUUUUCACCACCUGAAGCAGCGCCACGCCGCAGAGCACGCGCAACGCAAAAGGUUACAAACCCCGAGAGGAGCGAGGAGCCGAAACAGACGACCAUUCAGUCGUCUUUCUCUAGAGCGACGCCUUACGACAAAACGCCAAAGAGACACAAAGACCUCACAGAUGCAGUGACAUACUACUGUUACAUUUCAUUUUUAAAUCCUGAUAUUGAUCGAUAUCGACUGAUAUGAAAAUAUUAUAUCAUGAUGAACUUUUCCACAUAUCGCUCAGCCCUAGUAACAGCUAAAGUCUAGACGCCCUUCAACAUUAAAACUCUUCAUCUUCACACGUAAAAAAAGGUGAGUAGAUGUUACCGUUGGUGUUUGCAGCAAAACCCAAAGAAGUCUGAAAAAUCCAACAUUGCGCUUCUGUAAUAAAUCAAAUGUACUAUUAUUAAAUUCAGUCUUCUUUCAACUGUACAAAAAAACUACACAAAAGUGAUAAAAAUACUCUCUAGAAAACAUGAAGGUAGUGAAGCCUCCAGCAGAGACGGGCGGUUUGACAUGUCUGACACUAAAGUUCGGUUACGCCCACUUUACUGUGGAGUUCACUUCUAUCUCACACUAUGGAUUUGUGUUUCAUACUGCACACAUCGAUUUCUGUGGUAUUAAAUAUCUGCAGAGGUUUUUCUGGCUCCUCCAGAUGACAUCAACACGGCGGGGAAAUGACCAAACGCUCUGACGGUGAAAUCAGCUUCCUGUUGUUGUUUAGAUCCGAGACUCUGAUCCUGAAAAACUGAAACAAAGAGCAGAGAAGUUCAUAAAUGCAGGGUAUCCCAUAAUGCACUGUGGUAGGUGAGAACAGCAGAUGGUCACUGACACGGCAGAAUAAACCAUCAUACAUGACGCUCGGACAGAGGAAGUGACCUUGGUCUCUGGUUCUGCUUCUUCAUGAUACGUCCUUCUGAUGGACUCGACUCUGAUGCUGCUGUGUGUGUGUGUGUGUGUGUGUGUUUGUGUAAACUUCCUGAGAGAGAGCACGCCCUGGUCGACUCUCAUUAGUGACCGCCAAAAACAACCCUGACAUCCAGACCAGAGAAACCACACGCAUGUUACUGUGAUCGUUUUCUUCUUCUGGUUCCAGCCUCUAAAACCGGAUUUAUAUUCCCAGUCUGCUGAUCAAUAAUAACCCGUCUCCACUUCUCUGGUCUUUAAAUCAUAUUUCUGAUCGAUCAAUGCAUCACAGAGCAGCAUUUUACAGCAUGUCGGCUAAUGUACGGUUACAGUAAUCCUUCAGUUAAUCAGAUUUUAAAGAGAUGAAUCAGGGUCGAGAGGCUGACUGUGCAGCUCCGUCCUGAAGGUCAGUGUGUGUGUGUGUUUUAGUGUGUGUGUUUUAGUGUGUGUGUGUGUGUUUUAGUGUGUGAACAGUUUAUUAUAUUCAGUGUUAUUUAAAUGAAAAACUUCAUUACAUACACUCUCUGUUAUUUAGUCAGAGUAAAUGGACGUGAGGCAGAGAAACCAAACUGUUGGUUAGAUGGAGACAGGUGAGGAAAAGGAUGACACACGUACACACAGCGGGGUGCUGCAGCUCAAGGAAGAACAUUUAUGAUCAUUUCCAUGAGGAAUGAUCAUAAAUGUUCUUCCUUGAGCUGUGUCUCCCCGCUGUAGUCCGUAAUGGACUGGCCUUCGGUCUCUCUACAAACAAGCGUCUGCUGGAAGAGAGUAGGUGAGUUGUGUUUAGUCUCUUUGCUGAAGAAAUGAGUCAAAGUUAAAAAGAUGUUUGGUGUCUAGUACUAUGUCUGUGACCCUAUAUGUUGAUGAAGUUAGGUGCUGUUCUGAGCAUUAUUUGUGGCUAUAGAGAGGCGUUUUGGUUGAGGUUUGUUUAUGGCUCCUCAGACUGCUUUGUGUAUUGUAUCUAACUCGGUGUUACGGUGGGUUUGACCCUAACUUGGACUUUCAGAUGAAUCCAAACUCGAGUCGAGAAUGAAGCAGAACCAGGCGAAUUCAGGACGCGGCUCAGCUGACUGAGUUACAGCUUCUUCUCUCGCUUUUUGACCUUUUUUUUAGAAACCAGUAGGUGACACCGCUGAGCCCCCAUAACUGUUUAUAUUCGUACCUGUAACACAGCUGUGUAACACUGACUAUUCAUGAUUUCAGCUAUUUGGGUUUCAGAUCAGACCAAAGUGUCCAAACUCGGACGAACUCCCGGUUCAGGAGUGACACUGAUUUUUCAGUCAUUUAUGAACUUUAAAAAAAAAAAAAUCAUUUUUCAGGUAAAAACUGAUGGUGUAACUUUUAUUAAAUCUGCAGACUUUCAUCCCUCUCUGCAGAGAUGGAGCUGAUCUCUUUAAAUCCAGUUUCCAACAGAAUCCUUCUGUCCUUGACCGUUUUCUCCUCCCAUAAUCCUCCUGUCUUACAGGCUUCAUCUAUCUGCUCACACAUCUGCUUCAUACGGUCUCUUUUACAACCCGAUAACUCAGGAUCUCUCAUUUCAGCUCAUUCUGUUAUCGAUCCUUUCGGUCACGGGACGAUCUCUGAUAGGAGGAUGAAAAAAGGUUAAUGCUGCUGACAUCAUCAUUUUUAUUAUUAUCAGUUUUUCUCUGUGAGCGAUCAGAGUCUUCUCAGAGACGAACCCCUCACCUGUCAGGACGCGUUCACCUGAGCGUUAACCAGGUAAAGAUGGAUCAGUUUAUUUAGACAAACAGACGACAGCUGAAAUUAAACUAACUCCUGUAUCCAUUUAUAAUAAAAUACAAAAAUAAUGAAGUUUUACUGUUAAAUAAACGUCUUCUCUCUGAGUCUCUAAAGCUUCUUAGAUGUAAAUGCUGUUUUUGGACGUCUGUGUGUCUGACAGUAAAAUGUGAAUAAUUAAAGCUGUUCAGACAGAACGGGUUAAACAUUUAUAUUAACACGCACACUUCAUGCCAUCCAUGCAUGAGGCAGUGUCCUAGUUACACCAUCCAUUAUCUUUACCGGGGUCUGAGGAGCUUUUCCCAGCUGUCACUGGGAGAAAGGCGGGGCUUAAUUAUCAUCCUAGUCUAAAAACUCUGGGCAUGACCCCGAUAUACUUUUAAAUGCAUCCUAAUGAGCGCUCAUUGAAAAACACUUUAAUUUGAGUCGAAAGUACGAAGAACAAACUGAAAAAAGACGAAGAGCAGGAACUGAAACGGAGCCGCCUGGUCUGUCUGAUUUUAUCUGAAUCUGAGUUCACAGAGUUCAGAUCUGAGCUUUUAAAAAUAGUUUCUUCUAUAAAUGAUUCACUGAAGCACAUUUUCAACACUGACGUGUGCCGUGGACUCAAACUGCACUUUUUCACGGCAGUAAAAACACGUCAGCGUCAGCUCAGUUAUCCAAAUAAGAAUCCGAUUACUCUCUGAGUCUUUGAACAUUUAUCAACAUUUAUCGGUCUGUUUCCAUAAAUACUCGACGUUUUAACGCAGAUGUUGGAGUUCUUUCAGAUUUCAUCGACUUAUUUUGGGGUUAAACAGCUUCUCUAAGUCUUCUCAAGGGUCUUCUCUAAGUCAGGUUUUUGGGUCUUUCCUCCUUUUUUUGAGAACUGUAGACCCUCAGACCAUCAGGCAGCGCUCUCAUCUCCCUGACCUGUCGAAACUAUAGACUGUAUCUAGAACAGACGCCAUCUGCCUCCUCUCUGUGAGAACAGCGCCCUCUGGUGAUGGGCUGCAGUAUAGGUCAUAAACCCCGCCUCCUUAUGGAGCUGUGGACAAACUUUAUAAAUGAAUGACACAGAAUAUAAAUGUUUCUCCCCCCUGGUUGUGAUGUUGACAUGUAGUUACUGUCAGACUGGUUUGUGUUCAAGUCCUCUUUUUUCUGUACAGCUCCAUUUUUAAAAGUAUUAGGGGGUUCAUGUUUUCUAUGAUUGACAUUUGAUACAGCCAAUGGGAGGACAGGGAUUGAGGAGAUCACUGGGGGAUACGCUGUUUGAGCUGAGUGUCAUCACAGCGACUCUCCCGCGGAAUGUGUACAACGCUACUGCGCCAUGUUGGUUUCAGGAAAUGAAGAAAGAUCGCAGAAUUACAGAGAACUUUUCGGCUUCAAGUCCGUGUACAGGCGGAAGGCGGAUCCAAGUUGUCCAGAGUAAAUACAGUCUGUGGUCGUAAUCAGACUGAGGUGGUCUGCUGCGACCUCCGGUUGUCGUCCCGUCCAUUAGCUAAUGGGGUGACAGGAAGCGUCAGGUUUAAUGAAAUAAUCGAGGGCCGCCCAGCAGGAGGAGGAAGACUCUGUGGGCUUCAUCAGUGGGAUGUAAAGUGCUGACACAGCUAACUGCUAAUUAGCUCAACAGGACUCCGUCAUAUCGAUCCUCUCUGUAGACCGGCUCUGAGCAGCAGGUGACCCACACUGGGAGGAGGACUCACUUCUCAACACUGUAUCUCCACAUCCUGCUGUUCUGGUCGGUUCUGAUGGAUACGAGUGUUUGGAUCAGUCCAGUUUUCCUCUUCAGCCAAUCAGUGAUCAGGUUUCAGACAGGCGGUGUGUGUGUCUGUCUGUGUGUGUGUGUCUGUGUGUGUGUGUGUGUCUGCAGAGGGAGGAGAUAAAAAACGCCUCACAGCAUCUGUGGAGGCUAAAAACAGAACAGCACCCUGAGACCCCCCCCCCCGGGGGACGCUCUGUUAUUCCUCUGUGACGUCAGUCAGCCAAUCAGACGGCUCCUCCCUCCUGCGGUUGUCACUGGACACUGACUCCCAUCAGCAGCAGCAGCAGCAGCAGACUGUUACAUCAGUGAUCCUCCUGCAGACCCGGGUCUGAGCCGGUCUCUGUGAUGGUCCUGGAUGUGACACAAACACUCAGAAGCACUUAAGAGCAGACUGAGGGAAACACACACACACACACACAGAGAGCAGAGAGGGCGUGGUCAAUAAUUCAUGGACUGUGAGGUCAUGAUGAAUUCAUGAUGACUCCCAAACUCAGACCUCCUCCUUUAAACCGUCUGAUACUUUGUUAAAGCGGUUUACCUGUCCAGCAGAAAGGUUACAGGGUCACCAAGAUCCCCAAGCGUCCCCCAUGGUUUAUGUUGACCCGGCUUUUUAGCUCUUGUCCGGUCUACCUCCGUUUUAAGCGCCCGUUAUUCCUCCAGAGUCUCCGGUAUUUACUUUGUUUUCUUGCUUGUGUCGGCAGUCGUGGCCAAAGGAGGAUUCAGACAAUUUUCCGAACUUUCUGGUUGGUUUCUACUGUCCGAUAUUGUAGCACGCUAACUUUGUUUGGGCGAACAGAGAGAUAUCGAUAUAUUACAAAAUGUCAUCAAUAACUAAUAACUAUUGACUGAUAUUUAAAGAUGUUUUUUGUUUUUUUAAUCGUCUGUAAAAACUUUGAACUCCCGCUGAUAUUUGCCCAUUUUAAUCCCGUUUCCGAGGUUCUGUCAAGUUUAAGGAAUAUUUUUGGUGUUCUGUUUAACUGAUCUAAAAUGCUGUCAUAUUUGUGCUGAUGGAUCAUUCUGAUCGAUCAAGUUUAUGAUCUUUAAUGACAGUUUCAUGUUAAAAACUGAACUGUUGUUGGUCAUGAGUUUAUUUCUCAGAUGUGUAAACAGAGGAGAGAUAAAGACGUUCGUCAUCGUGUCAGUUUGAGUCGUUUUCUCCGUGAUGCUUUAUAAAAUUCACAUUUACGCUCUCAGUCGCCUCCUCUGUCUGUUUUUAUAAUGAUGGAGGAGGAGGAGGAGGAGGAGGUGUGGUUUUCAGAGGGGUGAACAGAUUGGAUUUCACUAAAACAAAGGAGCUGUGACAGGGAGCGAUCUGAAGGAGCAUCAAAUGAGAUUAUCUCUCCUCCCUGUCGUCCGUCCACUCCCUCCUCCCCCUCUGUCUCCUUUUUUACAUCCUCCGUCUCUCCUCCUCCCUAGCUUCUGAUCUCCUUUUUUGUUUCCUUCAGAGGAAACAAGGAAGAAGAGGAGGGAUUGUCUGGGACAUUGUGUCCUUCCUCUCUCCUUGGCUCUCCUCCUCUUCUGCUGCUGUCUUUGUCUCUCUCUCUCUCUCUCUCUCUUUUUCUCUCAGUCUUGGAUUAGGAAGGAGGUUUUUCUCCCACGGCUGCAGGGUUUUUAUUGAUCCGCUCGUCUUUGAGCUGUUCACACCGAUUAAAAAAAAAACUAAUGUGGGGAGAAAGAAAAGGAGGGGGCAGAGAUCCUCUCCUCCAAAACAAUUCUGCAUCAAUCCUUCAGGAGCUCCCUGAGAAAUCUCACUACAGGCUUCAGUUUCAUCAGUUUCUCACAGAAGGAGCAUCAUGCAGGACUGAGAGGCUCAUUAACACGCCAACAACCACGAAGCAAAGACCUGCACUAGACUGAGAGGACGUGAGGGGUCCUGGAGAAGAUGGACCUGCUCUGAAUCCUGGACUUUCCUGAUAUAAGGGGGCGUUAGGAUAAGAGAUAAGAUACUCCUUUAUUAGACUCACAAGAGAAAAUUCCCAUUUACGGUUCAUCCUUUCCAAGAAACACACAGUAGACAGACGCAUACGGGGCGACAGGAGAACUGUUGGAUCAGCAGCCUGACCGGCGCUCCUUCUUAGAUGAGGAAAAGGAGAAGAGGAGGGAAGAGGAGGGGAAAAAAGGCAACUCCAAACUCUGCUCCCAUCGGGGGGAUCAGUAAAAAAACACCUCAGCACAUGAGAAACAUAACAAGACAUUACAACAAAAUACUGGAGAACUUGCACAUGUGGGAGGAGAACAGGUGUCAGGGAGGGAGGGUGUCGCAGCAGAGACUCUACUUGGUGAAGCAUCAACUCACAGUACCUGCCCUACGACAGGCCAAGAAGGCGUUGAGUUGGGGGGGGUGAUUAUUCUUCAUGUAUGUGUAUGUGUCAGCCCGUGGCGUUGUCUCCAUCUCAGUCCCUCACGAAUGUCCCAGAUAACAGGAGACGGCCUUGGAGAGUCUUGAUCCAGAAACAAAGUUCACUGGAGGAGGAGGAGGAGGAGGAAGGAAGAGGAGGAUAGGGUCGAGCAUCAGUCUGCAGAACAUCCAGGGGAGGAGAAGUAACAUCCUUCCAAGGCCGCUGUGGGGGAGUCAAUGAAGAUAACAAUUGAUUUGGGACAGACAGACUUUGUAAUCUUCCCAUCUACCCUGAGUCUCUCUUGUCUUUGAUGGCGUUGACCCAAACAUCAGAAUUUGGUGGCCAAUUCAGCCGAGCUGGGCUGUCAACUUCUCCAAGGUGGUAUCCAACUUGCCAAGGCGUUCCUCAAUCGCAACCUGCCUGCGAUUGAGUUUGCAUAUCACCUGAGUCUGAGUGUUGACAGCCCUCCCUCAGUCAUGACGGGCGGCCUCCCAAUUCCCAAAAGGGCCGCCAACGUCUUCUGAACUUUGCAAUGGAUCAGGAAACUGCCAACUCCAAACAGAAGAAAGCCUGUUAUUAAAGUUAGUGAGACAGUAAAACAGGGGCCUGAUCAGACCCCACCUGCAGACCUGUCUCACCUGAUCAAUGCACGGGCCAAAACCUCCAGACCUCACCUUCAGUUUGAGGCUCAGACUCCAACCCUCCUGGUUUUGGUGAAAAGAACAAAUCCUCUCCACGUAAAUAUGAACCCUCCGCUCAGCCGCCAUGGUCAUGUGGUCCGACAGGUCCUGAGUCAGUUUGUAUGUGGAGCAUUUAGAGCGGAUUCAUUUGAGGAAGGAGCUCUGAAGAACCUGGCCCUCUGAAUCUGACCCAGUUCUGGUCUGGAGCAGGAUGGAGGCCGUGUGAGUGUGUUACUGUGUUCAUGUGACAGAUGUGUAAAUGUGUCUUUGAACCCACCCAAUACCCCCCACAGAGGCUUUAAAUGAUACAUGAGAGAGAGAGAGAGAGAGAGAGAGACUGUUGUGUCUUAUACAGUGUAAUUGGCAGUGAACUGACCUUGAUUCACAAUUCUGGCAAACCUGUCUGUGUUUACUCACACUCACACACACUCUCUCACACACACACUCACACACACACACACACACACACACACACACACGGCAUGUGAUGUUAUUGAUCUGAUCAGACCUCAUGGUGGAGGUUUGUGACUCAGCAGUCUGCAGCAGAAAAACACCCGAACUCCUCAGUGUCUAAAGGACGUUUAUGAAGGUUUCCAUGGUUACCUGGUUGUUGUCUCUCUCUCUCCCUGUUAACCCCGUUUAAGUCCUUCUCUCUCUCUCUGUUUGCCUGGUUGUAGUCUCUCUCUCUCUCUGUUUACCUGGUUGUAGUCUCUCUCUCUCUCUGUUUAUCUGGUUGUAGUCUCUCUCUCUCUCUCUGUUUGCCUGGUUGUAGUCUCUCUCUCUCUCUCUCUCUGUUUACCUGGUUGUAGUCUCUCUCUCUCUCUCUCUGUUUACCUGGUUGUAGUCUCUCUCUCUCUCUCUCUCUCCGUUUACCUGGUUGUAGUCUCUCUCUCUCUCUCUGUUUACCUGGUUGUAGUCUCUCUCUCUCUCUGUUUACCUGGUUGUAGUCUCUCUCUCUCUCUGUUUGCCUGGUUGUAGUCUCUCUCUCUCUCUGUUUACCUGGUUGUAGUCUCUCUCUCUCUCUGUUUACCCAGUUGUAGUCUCUCUCUCUCUCUGUUUACCCAGUUGUAGUCUCUCUCUCUCUCUGUUUGCCUGGUUGUAGUCUCUCUCUCUCUCUCUCUCUGUUUACCUGGUUGUAGUCUCUCUCUCUCUGUUUGCCUGGUUGUAGUCUCUCUCUCUGUUUACCUGGUUGUAGUCUCUCUCUCUCUCUCUGUGUUUGCCUGGUUGUAGUCUCUCUCUCUCUCUGUGUUUGCCUGGUUGUAGUCUCUCUCUCUCUCUGUUUGUAGUCUCUCUCUCUCUGUUUGCCUGGUUGUAGUCUCUCUCCCUCCUUCUCUCUCUGGUUGUAGUCUCUCUCUCUCUCUCUCUGUUUACCUGGUUGUAGUCUCUCUUUCUCUCUCUCUCUGUUUGUAGUCUCUCUCUCUCUCUGUGUUUAUCUGGUUGUAGUCUCUCUCUCUCUCUCUCUGGUUGUAGUCUCUCUCUCUCUCUGUGUUUAUCUGGUUGUAGUCUCUCUCUCUCUCUCUCUGUGUUUGCCUGGUUGUACUCUCUCUCUCUCUCUGUUUGUAGUCUCUCUCUCUUUCUCUCUGUUUGUAGUCUCUCUCUCUCUGUUUGCCUGGUUGUAGUCUCUCUCUCUCUCUCUGUUUGUAGUCUCUCUCUCUCUCUCUGUUUACCUGGUUGUAGUCUCUCUCUCUCUGUUUACCUGGUUGUAGUCUCUCUCUCUCUGUUUACCUGGUGUAGUCUCUCUCUCUCUCUCUGUGUUUACCCGGUUGUUGUCUCUCUCUCUCUGUUUGUAGUCUCUCUCUCUCUCUCUCUCACAGUCAGCACGUCUGUAGUCUUCUCCUCCAUCACCUUUGUCAUGUUUUGUUCAUUUUAAGUGUGUGUAGUAACGGUGUGUGUCGUCGUUAAUUGGCCUCAGGUCCGUCCGUUUUCCCGUCACGUCUGUCUGAUGAAAACAUGAUGUUGUGACUGAGUGAAAGUGCAGAAAUCAGCAGGAAUGACAGAGAUAAUUAGGAGGCUGGGGUGACUAAUAUCAACAAACCGGGUCGUCUUUGUUUGGUUCUGGGCCGGACUGAGCGUCUGCUGACUCCAGUCACACAGAUCCAAUUAGAGCGAAGAGCAGCAGGACGCCGCUCACACAGAGAGCUUCAUCUCCAUCCGUUUAUUUAAGGCUCUCCAUUAAAAAACCCGAUUAUGUCUGCGCUGUAAUCUCACACAGACAGAUGAUAAACAGAUGAUCUCUGGAGGUUUGGAUCUUCAUGUUUCUGCAGAUUUCUCACCGUCCAGCUCUUGAAUAAACUCUCAUUUCUGCUCCAUAAACCCUGGGCCACGUCUCCCCACAGCGUCACUCAGCCGGGACACUUUUAUGGGUAAAUGUUCACUUCAGAUUCAUUAGUAUGCUGACAGAGCGGCGAGGGAAGACACAGAGGAGACGGACAGGAGGGAGACAAAGACAGAGAGUGACGGAGGGUCCGACAUGAGGAGAGUUGGUGAAUGACUCUCACUCUGGUCUCUGAGAUCAGCGUGUCCUGUCAGGGUUUGGUUUUAGGACACCCUCCUGUCCCGUCCCGUCCCCCCUCUCUGAUUGGUCAGGGCUGAGACUGGAUGAAGUCAUGGUUGGCAGAGUCAGGGAAGUAGGACAGCAGUCUCAGGGAGCACAUUAACGUUUUGUUUUUGUCCCGCAAACACGUCCAAAAAAUCUCCUCCAGCUUUUCAUCAGAUUAUUGAUGAUCUUGAUUCAGUCUGACCAACAUUCAGGGCCGGGGGAACUGUUUCGGGGGACAGGGGGAGGAAAAAGACCCCUUUUCAGCCCUCGGCCACCCACUUCUAUUUGGCUUUUAGUUUAUUGGGACAACUUUGACCCAGACUGUCCUUUACUUUUGCAUUAUAGAGUUAAUUUUUUAAACAACAGUUAGGAGGACAGACGAAAUGAGAGGAAACAGUUUGAGGCUCAGAUUCAGAAGUUUGUGAGUGAAGGUCAACAACAGAAACUCUUUCUUCUGCUCAUGUCAGACAGCGUCUCUGAUCUAAAAUAGAUCCAGAGUGAACAGAAAGGACACAGCGCAGGAUCACAGAGCUGCAGACGCUCUCAGUGUCAUUACAGAGAUGAUGUGCACAUUUUAAGGUUGUUUAUCCAGUUUCUAAUUUUACUUUCAGUCUAUCUGAGCUAAUAAAGUGUCUGAGCCGUGUUUAUCGGAGACGAGAGCAGCUCUGAGUCCUGAUCUCUGCGACUAUCAGUCUGUUUUUCAGCUAUAGUGCUGACUCACUGGGGGCAAUAAAGAGCGGCCUUUAUUUAUCUGUCUCCGACCAAACACCAACCGGGGACUUCAGCUCACAGGGAAACUAAAUGUUCAGGCUCAAACUCGCAGGUUUUAUCAUCCUGCUCUUUCGGUCAGUCGAGGUACAAAACAGUGAACACAUUAGUGUGUCCAUAAAUAAUGGUUCACCAGAGAGACUAAAUCCUUGAGUUAACUCACUGUAAUUCAUCAAACGGCCACUAGAGUCAAGACAAAAACACUAAAAGGUGGAGUAGGCAGGAUUCCGUUAAAGAAGCUUUUUUCUGUGAUGUCUAUUUACGAAAAAUCUUUUAAUAUCAGUCAAUAGUUAUUGAUGGCAUUUAGUGAUAUGAUAUCUCUGUGUUCUCUUAGAGCAGACGCUGCUCCCCCGUGUCGUUCAGGAGCCCAAACAAAGUUAGCGUGCUACAAUAUCGGACAGUAGAAACCAACCAGAAAGUUCGGAAAAUUGUCUGAAUCCUCCUUUGGCCACGACUGCCGACACAAGCAAGAAAACAAAGUAAAUACCGGAGACUCUGGAGGAAUAACGGGCGCUUAAAACGGAGGUAGACCGGACAAGAGCUAAAAAGCCGGGUCAACAUAAACCAUGGGGGACGCUUGGGGAUCUUGGUGACCCUGUAACCUUUGUGCUGGACAGGUAAACCGCUUUAACAAAGUAAGACAAGUGUCUGUAACAGAAGUGUUUCUUGUCAAACGGACCUGCUGUAGCGUGUUGUAGCGCCAUCGCUAAACUGUCCUCCCUCGGGUCCUGGACUAUGUCACUUUAUCCUCGUUGUAGAAGUCCUGCAAACAUUGUGUUUGCUGGUAGUCUGUUGGCAUCUACAGUAGCACCAAUGCUUUUGACUUUCACCUUGACUGGGCCCCAUUUGUAAUGAUCUGAAGUAUUUAUCUGCAUUAUAUCUGAAUUUAAUUGGAACGAUACGAGCGAGCAGGAGUGUCUGUUUGUGGGCGGGGCUUAAUGCAGCAGAGAGGGAGGGGAGGAGCUGAGGGGAAAACUGGUUGGGAGGGGUAGAGUUUACAUUUCUCCUAAAAACUGGAACUUCCUCAGAUCCUGACUACACCACCUUUGAAAUCACAUAUAGUUUCUCCAUGGUCCUGAAAAUGCUCAUACACACUCUCUGCACAGAAAGAGGUUUCUCACACACCUUUGAGCUCCAGUCUCCAGACUAAGAGUAGUCCUGGUCUGGGAUCAGGUCUUAUUUUAGCCUGCAGGAGUCAAAGUCACACUCUGUUGUUGAAGGAGUCCUGAAUGGAGACUCAUUAAUCUCUCACAUUAACACAGUCCAACACGUGUGCAGCCUGAAACACCUCACUGACUCAGGUGUGUGUGUGUGUGUGUGUGUGUGUUCAGGUCCCAGCUGACUGUGUUUAACUGUACUUACACUCUGCUCCUGAGGGAAAUGAAGCACGGUUUACAUUUAGCCUGAGUGUGACGUUUGCUGUAAAGAAACAAACAGAGAGGUUUCCUCUGAGCGAACAUGUGAAUUAAAGAGACCCUUCCCCACAGACCCUCUCCUCGAAAGUCUGGCCUGGAUUCAGCUUCUUAUUGAUCAAGUUUGAGAAAUCAGUCCGACUCCAUUUAAUCCAGGAAGCAGAAGGUCAAGGGUGCAAAAGCUGAAUUCAUACCACCUUUUUAUCAUCGUCUGAAAAUGUGUGAAUAACAGCAGAUUUUGGCGGUUCGGUUUUGAGUUGGAUCAUCUCUCUGUUUCUCCUCUAACAGACUUUUCUCCUCUUUCUGACUCACCUUUUCUCCUCCUCCUCCAGGCGUUCGGCCAGGCUUACUCCACCCAGCGUAAGGUGGCAGAGGAUGGCGAGACCAACGAGGAGACGCUGCUGCAGGAGUCUGCCAGCAAGGAAGCGUACUACAUGGGCCGCCUGCUGGAGCUGCAGGCGGAGCUGAAGCACUGCCGAGCCACCGCCUGCAGCUCUCAGGCCGACAACGAACACCUGAGCGGGCUGCUGCAGGAGCUGAGGGAGGUACAGUGCAGAGGAGAGGGGACGGGGGACUAAAAUGUCUUGAUGAAGCAGCAGUAAUAAAGUUGGAAAUGAAAAAACAGCAUGAAGAGUUUGAUAAAGAUUGACCCUGUUUGUAGAGAUGGAGAUGAUGACGUAUCCUGAUCAGGUGUUUGAGAGUGAAAACCUCAGGAGAAUGUGAAGAGAGCUCGCUUAUUUUUUAGUUUUUUUUUGUCACAAACGGCGUGUUUGUCCAGCUCUGUGUUCCUGCUCUGUCUCAGCAGAGUAACGAGAUGUUGGAGCUGCAGCGGAGUCGGAUGCGAGAGGAGAUCAGGGAGUACAAGUUUCGAGAAUCCCGGCUCCUGCAGGACUACACGGAGCUGGAGGAGGAGAACAUCUCUCUGCAGAAGCUGGUGUCCACGCUCAAACAGAACCAGGUGAUCUUUACAAGUCCUGCAUGUGGAGUCCCUCACAUCAGGGCAGCAGCUAACACCGUUAAUUAGCUGCUCAGCUGCUGCACAAAGACACAGUUGAAAACCUUCAUUACUCUCCAGACACACACUGCUUACAAAGCUCUGAGUGUGUCCGCUGUCCUCAUCUGUCAGUCAAAUCCUGCUCUUCGGUUCAGAGGCUCCAGAGUCCAAAGUAGUUUUUGUUUCACCCCAAAGAGUUUUUUUUUCUGCUUCAAAAACAACAAAAAAUAUCAGAAGACAACAGACUAAUGAGGAUAUUAAACCAAGUGAUCUGUUCUUUUUAACGUACGACCGUUCGCAGUCAAGCAGGAGCCUGGUCAGCUUCUGAACGAUUCUGAAUGACAGCAGAGAAACAGAUGACGACCAGCAUGUAAACUUUCCUGAUCUUAGAAACUCUGACGAAUAUCUUCCAAAUGUUUCAUAAAGAUCUAUCUUCAUCCUGAGGUUCUGGAUCACGGGCUCCCAUCUAACACUCCUGGUGCUUCAUUCUGCAGGUUUAAACCAACAGUAACAUCUUCAGGGAUCUUCAGGUCAGAGCCUCAGUAGUUUGAACUCAAAGUGAACCCGUCUCUGUGUCUCCACCCUGGUUUAGGUGGAGUAUGAAGGCCUAAAGCAUGAGAUUAAGGUCCUGGAGGAGGAGACUGAGCUCUUGAACAGCCAGCUGCAGGACGCUGUGCGUCUGAAGGACAUCUCAGACGGUCAGCUGGAAGAGGCGCUGGAGUCUCUGAAGAGCGAGCGUGAGCAGAAGAACCACCUGCGCAGGGAGCUGGUGCACCACCUCAGCAUGUGUGACGUGGCCUACACUGGCAGCGCACACCUGAUCUUCACCUCCGCCCCGCCCAGCGGCAGCGCAACGCCGACUACCCUGAUGUCGCCCAGCACAGAGGAGCCAAGCAGGUGGGUGAUCGAGGAACACGUGGAGACAAAGCGGAGAGGUUAUCUCUAUGAUUCUUAGUCUUCUGUAAACUAUGGCGCCGUCAUAUUUCUGUAAACUUCUCUGUUUUCUUCAUUUGCUGGUUCUGACUUCUCUGCACACUCAUGGAUCUAAAAAGUCUCUGCUGCCUCUCUGUCCCAUCAGGUGUAACGGACACCUGCAGACUGGAUCUACAACAGGGUCUGGGUUGGGGUCCAGGUCUAACGGAGAGUACCGGGGAUCGGUUCGUAAAGCAGAGGGGGCGUCGCCAUCGUCAGAUCUCUACAGUGAGAUGAACCUGACAGAGAUCCAGAAGCUGAAACAGCAGCUCCUGACGGUGGGUCUGCCCCAGAGACUCGGUUUCUUCUUCUUCGUUGGUGUAAAAUCCUUUAAAAAGCAGAUUUUGUGACUCAUGUCUGCUGUUCGUUCUCCGUUCUAUUCAUAAUCCAAUAACUGUCUUCCUCUCUGUAAUAAGCCUCUGAAUAAUUUACAGUCUGGCCGAGCUGACAGACAGUAUUCCCUCUGCGUAAAACCCUCGGUCUCUUUUGUCUCCUCCCUCACACACACACACAGCUGUACACACACACACACACACAUCUAGAUUUCAGUUCCUGUGGGUGUAAUCUCAUCCCUCCCUGCUCACAGCUGGCGCUCUGAUUGGCUGAGCUGCAGGAAGAGCUUAUUUUUAUCCGGGCUGACACACGACACUAUCGAUCAGCAGACGAGGUUUCUCUGCUGUCGUCCGGUUUAGGAGCAGCAUCACUGCAUCCACCUUUACACUAGAUAGACCUUCAUUAACUCACUUUAAUUAGAAGAUAAAUGCGUAGAGAUGACUACACCUGUUAAUUUUCCCACAAGAAAGAUGGCCGCCGUGGGAAUCUGUUCACAGCUCAAACAUUUACUGAAAACAAAAAAGUAAGCUUUCACAUUUACGGAGCUGACGGCAGAAGUUUCAGGAAUCAUCUCACUGCAGCCUGGACUCCGCAGAACAACCUGGUCAAUGAGGAAUCUGCAGGGAUUGUGUGUUAGCAUCAUACUAAUGACCGACACAGUGUGUAACUGUGUUUCUAAAAGCCUUUCUGUUUAGUUUUUGGUCUGAGUCAGCUGUUACUGACAGCAGACGGUGUAGAAACGAGAAACAUGGAGGGAGAGACCGAACACUGGGCCAAGUUAGACUUCGGUGCCAGACAAUCUUGGCCUCCGAGUCGGAUCUGUGUGCAGUUAUUACAGUGCCAGGAAAUUAAUGUAGGGUCUGUUUUUCUGAGGCAGAGAUAAUCUGUCCGUGGAUCAGAUUAUUGACACAGAUUAUGUUGAGAUUCGACACUUAUUUCAGCUAAAUUCUCCUUUAAAAGGGAUUCUGCUGUAUCGGUCGAUCGAUAUCUGCUCUACAACAGCUGACGGCUGAUAUAUUUACUGCUGAUAUCAGGUUGUUGUUGUUUUACGUUUGAUUAAGUUAAUCAUUAUGUGACUAUAAAAGAUGAGAAACAAAAUAACUAAAGAGAUCGUAGAGACUUCUGGGUUUGCCUUUCAUUGAAAUAGAAAAAUACAAAGGUCAGUAUUUCGGUUUAAGAAUCUAAAAAGUGACAAAUUCAUUCUUAAUCUAUAAUUCAGACUCCUCUUGUACAAAACCAAAAUUUUUAGUAUAAAAGAAGAGUUGGUACAUACUCUGAGCACCAAAUACAGUCUGCUGUUUUCAGUCCACAAUCUCACUGCUGCCCCCUGCAGGUUGAACGAGAGAAAGCAGCUCUGAUGACCAGCCUGCAGGAGUCUCAGACUCAGCUCCAGCACUCCCAGGGGGCCCUGACGGAGCAGCACGAGAGGGCCCUCCGCCUCAGCCAGAGAGUCGCCACUCUUCGGCGACUGCAUCGACGGGUCCAGCUCAACCAGGGGGCCCACAGCAGCGCCACCUCCCAGCUCAACUCUGAGGCCCUGAUGGAACUGGACCAGGAGGAGGAGGAGGCAGAGGAGGAAGGUAGAACGGAGGAGGAGAAGAGCGAGACCCUGAACAAGAGUCAGGUGUUUUCAUAUCAGACUCCUGGGCUGGAAAUCCUGCAGUGUAAGUACCGCCUGGCUGUGACGGAGGUGGUGGAGCUGAAGGCGGAGGUGAAAGCUCUCCACGACAGACUGGCUCAUAGUGCAGCAGGAGCUGCGGAGGAGAAGCCGAGGAGGAACAGUCAGCUGCAGAGACUGGAGAGGCAGGUGACCUCGCUGGAGAAGGGCUGUAGGGAGGGUCGGGAGAAGGUAAGGGUCCUCCUGACUCUGAAUGUUUGAAUGAUAUGAGAGUCAGAUCCAAAACCUCCCUCUGCUCUGCUCUCAGAUUUUCUCGCUGGAGGCAGAGUUGCAGGCAGCACAGUCAGCAGCCAAUGAGAGCCAGGGGGCGUUGACCGCAGCUCAGGACGAGUUGGUGACGCUGAGUGAGGAGCUGGCCCAGCUGUACCAUCAUGUCUGCUUGUGCAACAACGAGACGCCGAACCGGGUCAUGCUGGACUACUACAGGUCUGAAGGGGGUUUUUUAGUAUUCCUGCAGCAUCAGAAAGGAAAACCAGACCCCUGAGUUAGAGCUGCUGCAUUAUUCAACCAAGAACAAAGGUUGUUUCGUGAAAGCCUCUCCUGUUUCCUGUUUGGGUGGAUGUUUAUUUGUGUCAGGAAAUAUUAGUUCAGGGCCCAGUGGCAGGCUCAGAAUCCAGGACUCAUCCUCCAGACGUCCUGCAGGUCUGAAUCUUCUUCUCUCUCUUCUCCCCACAGACAGGGCCGCGGGCUCAGAGGCCUCAGUGCCAGUCUCAAAGCCAUGUCUUCGGACAACAGCAAAGUCCUCCUCACACCUCGUCUCGCCAGGCGGCUGGCCGCUGUCUCUUCAGCAACCUCGACUCCCGCGGAGUCCCGGAGCUCCUCAGAGUCUCCGUCCAAGGAGCCUUUAUUGAAGGAGGGGGGCAGAGAGGAGAAGGAGGGGGACAGGGAGGCCCCCCCAGUGCCGUCUGAGCAAAGCCUGCUGCCCUGCACACCUCCCACCCGCUCACCCAGCAUCAGUGCCUCUUCAUCAUCCUCAUCUUCAUCCUCGCCUGCCAUGGAGCCAGCCGGUGAGCUGCGCAGGGAGCCCCUGAACAUCUACAACCUUAACGCCAUCAUCAGAGACCAGGUACGAACAUGUCUUCUUCAUCUUUCCUAAAUCUUUCAGCAUCAUACUUUAACUCCUCCCCCCGACCAGGUGAAGCACCUCCAGCGCGCUGUGGACCACUCGCUGCAGCUGUCCAGGCAGAGAGCUGCAGCCCGAGAACUGGCUCCUAUCCUGGACAAAGACAAGGAGAGCUGCAUGGAGGAGAUUUUAAAGCUGAAGUCUUUGCUGAGCACCAAGAGGGAGCAGAUCGCCACGCUCAGACUGGUUCUCAAGGCCAACAAACAGGUGAGACACCUGAGGUGUUCCUGCUCUGCGUGAGGCUGAGUACCUCUGACAAGUCCAGGAAUAUUUUGGAAAUGUUGCACAGAUCUCAUUUAUGGUCGUCAAACUCUUAAACAGACACAUGCUGGAACAUGAUCUGGGCGCAGGGUGAUGGUUUUAACGAGGCUUUUAGGGAAUGAGGCGAGUUUAUAGGCCUCAUGUUUAUGAGCUCGCCUGAAACACAACAACAAACUGGACUUAUUAAAGAGCUGACUUGGCCUUCCACCAUUUCUGUAUUACUGUCAGAACAUUACUGACAUUUUAAGAAGAUUACUCUCAAGUAUGCAGAGGACAUGGCAUCCACGAUUUCUAAAAAGAAAUUUAUAUCCUGAUCUAUCAGACCAGAGGACAGUUUUCCCCUCAAUCCACCCUAAAUGGACUCAGGUACAGAGAAGUCUCUGGUGAUCCUAGAUCCUGGUGACAAGUGAAGAAAGAGUUUGAUAUGGAUGUUUUCUUUAUUCUGUUUAUUCUGUGUUCAUCCAGACAGCAGAGGGCGCUCUGGCUAACCUGAAGAGUAAGUACGAGGCAGAGAAGUCGAUGGUGACCGACACCAUGACGAAGCUGAGGAACGAGCUAAAAGCUCUUAAGGAGGACGCCGCCACUUUCUCCUCUCUGCGCGCCAUGUUUGCCACGAGGUCAGUAAUGAAAGUCGAUCGAGUCCAAACUUUGAAUUAUUUCUCAUGACUCAGAUGGUUCAGAUGACUGUGGUGGGAAACAUUGGUUUACAUGAUGAAGCCUGAGAGCAGUUCCUGUCAGCUCCACUCAAAGUGGUCAUAAAAUCAAUAAGAACAACCUUUAGUUGAAAUCUCUGGGGUUCCUCUGCGGUCAGCUCUCUAAACAUUUAUAUUUCCUCUCAGUCAAACAGUCAUAAGAGUUUGUAACCAUGAAGGAGCCUGAUGUCAUUCUGGGAAAUGAGUCAGUUUGCUUCUGUAGAGCUCAGUGAGAAGAUCCAUUCCUAGAGAUGUUUCAUGAUCCAACCGUUAGCUACUGAUUGUCCUAGCUAAGCACACACAGUUGUGCUACUGUGUGGUUUGUUGCUUCUAUUAAUAACCAAACUCACCUGCUAAGACUUCCACCCUUCAGCGUCUUACAGCUGAUGUUAGCAGGACUUUCAGAAAAGACUGUUAGGAUCAAAUAAUGAUAAUGAUCUUCUUGUGGAAUUAACAAAGGAAUACAUGUUGUUUCCCGAGCCGUCCUGCUCAUCGUGUUUCACUCCCAACCUGCUGAAGCCUGUUUCUGUCUUCAGGUGUGACGAAUAUGUGACCCAGCUGGACGAGAUGCAGAGGCAGCUGGCUGCAGCCGAGGAUGAGAAGAAGACUCUGAACUCCCUCCUGCGGAUGGCCAUCCAGCAGAAACUGGCCCUCACGCAGCGUCUGGAGGAUCUGGCCUUCGAUCAGGAGCAGACCCACCGCACCCGAGGCGGCAGGCUGACCCGAAGGAAGACCAGCGCCCCCAAAGUAAGUCCCCCAACCUCGGCUUCAGCCUCCGACCUAGCCCAAGAAUCCACCUCAGCUUUGGCCUCCGUCAGCCUCCCACUUUCCAGCCUUACUAGUCCCAUGUCAGUCCUUUCUGAUGACCCCACAGCGCCCCUCAGCCCGUCCCUGGUCAGUGCAGCUGCUGCAGCGCUGGCCUCAGCCCUCACCUCCCCGUCUACACACUUACCCUCUCUACUUACCCGUAGUCCAUCUUCCCAGGCGGUCACCUCAUUGGCUGGACCUCUUGUGCAAGACAGCCCUCCAUCUCUGGAGGCUCCCUCCUCCCCCUCAGUCCGAACCCCACCCUCCACCCCUCUGAAGCUGGGCCACUCCCAGUGGACCCUCGGGGUGCGGACGUUUGUGGUCGACUCUCAAAGUUUCAGUGUCAACAUUUCCCCCACCCUUCCCCAUAGUUCAGGUCCCUCCAGACACUACACCCCAGACACCCAAACCUCAUCUUCACCUUCCUCCAGCACCACGACCAGACCAACCCAGCCAGGAUCCGCCCCCUCCUCCCCUUAUCGAUCCCCCAAUUUGGGGCUCAGGCGCUCCACAUGGAGCCCCUCCCCCCGAACUCGGCCCUUGUCCACUUUGACUCGCUCCUCGGUUUUCCACACACCUUCACCCUCCCCGUACUCCUCCUCCCACUUCCCGUCUUCCUCACACGGCUAUUCCUCUUCCUACUAUGGCUCCUCCCCUUUUACCCCCUCCAGCUCUUACCUGGCUUCAGGCGCCUCCUCCUCCUACAGCCACUCCUCCCACUACACCCCCCUUUACCCCAGAUAUUACAGCUCUUACCGGCCCCGCCACUAACUGUCCUUUGCUCUAAAGGCUUUCCACCAGGCUCCUUAUUGACUCCCAAAACUGGAACUCCCACCACGAUCUCCCCUGAGAGAGUGGGGGCUCACAGAGAGGAGGACAGAAUGGUUUCCUGUUUCCCAGUUCCUGUUUUCCAGUGCCUAAGCUUUGGCCCGUGGGUUCUGAAUGUUCAGUGACUUUGCUCAGGGAUUUGACAUAAGGAGCACAAGCAGCCCUGCCUUCCUUUUAUUCUGAGGCUGCUGAUUGGUCCGCAGGAGGACGUUAAUAGAGACUUUUUACUGAGAGUUUUUAGAGUUUAGGUUCUUCAGGUGGAGAUAUCACAUGCAUGAAGUGACUCAAACAUUCAGAUGCUGACUGGACACUUGGCGGACACUCCCAUGACACUUUCUGUACUGUCUGUAUUCACUGUAGUAUCCACUCUCUUUUCAUGGUAGUCAAUCAUAUAUUGUAUACGCAAACAAUGUAAGACACAUCUUUUAGUACAAGCACUUUUCUUUGUGGAUGAUACUUGGAUGCUGAAGGUGUUCAGUAUGAUUCAAACAAACUCCAGAUGUCCAAACCCUGAGCGUAGAUCUGGAUGGGAUGGGAUAAGAACUCAUCCCUCCUUGUGAGUUUAUUUUCACUUGCUAAAUUCAGAUAAGUCGAGAUCAACUCCGAAACCGCCUGUUUGGAGUCUGCAGAUGGGUGCCGGCAGGUAGAAAGGCUCAAAAUCUGAGUGUAGCACUCCUGCAGGGCAGUGGUGGUAAUGGCAGGAUGGAGAAAGAGACCAGACUGUGAGGUUGGGGUUUGCUGGAAUGAAGAAGUAUGGAAACAGUGCAGCUUCAGUUGCCGGCCUGAACUAGCCACAUUUGUGACAUUGCAAUCCGGGUGGUGAUAUUUCCUACUAUAUCUCCACGGUAUCUUGGCAUGUCAACAUAGCCAGUGUACCGGUGUUUACGCAGCUGCACAGUCAUGCGAAGAGUCCUGAAGAUGCUGUAGUUUGCAGACUUUGCGAACUGAAUCUUUAAAUGACCAAAAACUGCAGCACUAACUGUUGUUGCAGAGAAGGCCGACAGGGGGCAACGUUUCUUUACAGUAUGUAGUAUAUGGAGCUUUACUUUCAUCAAACCUUUGUGGAUCUCUGUUUGGUUGUAUCAGUAAAGUUAAAGCCCCAGCUGUCAGCCAUGACUAAUGGAAAAUGGCAUGGGCAUUUUCUCCAACCCUCGGUCUGAUUGUGGCACACAUCCAGCCAAGCUCGUUUUAUGAUGAACCCCAGUGAAUAAUGAAAAACAAGCUGAUGCAGCCCUCUGUCUCCCAGCAUGACGCUGAUCGUUUUUUCAGCUGGUGCUUUGUUUGAAACAUACUGACUCCUUCAGUGUUUGAGCUUUCAUUUCACUCUAUAAUCUCUCUCACACAUCUACCCUUGUAUCCUGAGACAUCUGUGGGCAAAGGUCCAAUCCCUAUUCAACUCCCUGGCCCUGUUCCUGGUAUAGAGCGCCCUCAACUCGAUAAUAACCCCUUCAAAACAACCUGAGUCAUGAGGGUUACAAACCUUGUUGGCCUGGUCAUUUCCAAACAUACUGGACUCUUUGCCAACCCAAAUACCCAUGCUCCAAUGGCCACUUGUACCUUUACCCCUGGGACCUUCAUAGCAAAGUGCCCAAAGGGACCCCACCCCACACAACAGUCCUAAAAAUGGAGGGUAAUGAUUGGUGGUAGGGCCAAGGGCUGGAACUGGGAUUGAACUUUGAAGGGUUGGACUGGUCCCUGGUACUUUUUGAAUUUAUUCUCAUGGUGGGGGACAAAGAGACUUAUUGAGUGCCCCUCAGUGAAGGUCUUUCAUUUCCUGUCCAGAAUUGCAGCCAUCAUAGCUUUAACCUUUAGCAAACUUAUCCACCUCUGGUUCAGCCUGGUGGUUUCUCCUUAUAUUACCAAGAGGACAGUUAUGCAUGUUCACCUGUGGAUGCUCCUAUACUGCAGACCUCUUUCCCUUCCACAUAAGAAAACAGUCUCAUGUUGGUGCAGGUACGUGGGGGGUUGUAACAGGAAAGAAGGAGGAAGGCAGGUGAAGAGCACCCAGAUGUGACAUUAACCAGUGUAAAAUCAGCUGAUCCCUUACUGUCGUCUCUGUACUAAAGCAAUAGGACUCCAGGUCAUCCCUGACAUGUGACCCAGUCCUCUGAAGUCUCUUUGUUUUCACCUGAGCUGGUCUUUUACCACCUGGACCAGGUAAAGAUAGGCAGGAAAUUCCUCUACUUACUCUCAUUCUCACUGGCUGAGCUGUCCGCUGUCUCUCACUUUAAAGAUGGCUACAACAGAGGUACUCUGAUGGUUCUCGGUAAUUUAAUGGCAUGCUACGCUCCGGUAUGCUGCAUUGCCACCUCUUAUUUUAACUUUAACUCCUUUGCAUUCUGGGAUUUCUAUCAGCCACUAGUAUACUUGCCUCUCAAUGUUUCAUUGUUUCUUGGCGAUUGAGAAUAAUAGCUAAAAUGCAUUACUACACGACCUUUGGAUCCAUUGUCAUGAGGCUUUGAGAUGAAGCCUUGAUCGACGUUCACUGUGGCACACAACAUUAGAUAAAACAGUCCAUUUUUCAGAGCCAACAGGCAUCUGCCAGAUCAGGUCAUAAUCCGCUUCAAACCUGGAGUCUGACCACCAGACCAGACGAGUCUCCACAGUGUUGAAUAAACGAGCAAAAUCUGAGAAUAAGAGAACGAUGAUGGCCUAGCUUUAAAAAGACAUGAACUGAACCAGAGCAGGAUGCUGACGCAGGUCCAAUUUGAUAUAGAGAGUAGAGCAUCAUACUAGACUUACUAACCUAGAAGGACAAUACACAUGCCAAUAGUUAGAUUAAGAGAGUACUAGCACUCGUGUUUUUUCACUUGCAGCACUUACAGGCUAGACUUCAUCUUAGAACGACCAAAAACCCAUGUGACCCUACGCUGAAAUUUAGGAAUGAUUCAACCAACAGCAGAUUUCAUAAAGUUUAUACCAACAUACUGACAGGAAUGAUGAAGCAACUGAAACCUGAAGUGACUCAACGUUAAGGCUGCUGUCAAAGAUGUAAACUCACCGUGUAGCAGCCUCACUGAAUAGAUGUUUGAGAAAGCUUGUUCAUGGCACUGCAGCAAACUCAGGGAACCGGACAAACCUCAUCCAACCUGGAUGGACCUCAUCACCAACCAAACACGACAGUAACACCACGAUACUCUUCAUACCAAGAUCUCCCAAGCUGCAUCCCGGUUUUGUAAAGAAGAAACUCUGCAACCAUGGUAACCAGAGUCACAUGAGAGGAUGGGCAUCAGCGUCACCCGACUGUCCUCAGCAGAGGGAGUUUAAGUGCUGAUCUCUGUUCAAAGAUAGUCAUACAGAUGGAGAAUCUGUGGGCACAGCCUGAAGUAGUUUACUGUUUGAUCCGGCAGAGGGAGCUGGUGUCGUAUCCUGACCACUGCAUGGCACCCUUGCCCUUAGUAAACUGACACUAUUAUGAUUUUCCAUAAAAACCAUAGUAUGUGUUUUACAAUCACAACACUGAAACGUCUGUGAAGAUCCCUGCAUACGAGUUGGAUUCUUCACAGUAGAUAACAAAAGCUUAGAAGCGUUCAACAUCGACGCACCAACAGCAGUGACGACAAAUCGGCAGACUCACCUGUGAGCCAGCAAACUUUACAUCUAGAAAAAAACAGUUACGACGUUUCAGAUUAUCAAUGGGCUGCAAAUAUUGUCCUAGUUCAACGGCUCAAGCCCAGGUGUCUGCUGUGAUCCACUCUGAGGUGUGAUAGUGGGAUGGAGUUCUGCCUCUGACCCUCCCUGGAGGUGAAAACAGAGGUUAAGGUGGGGGGUGUCAGAGCAGACAGGGUGUAACAGUACAUCAACAUUACUGUGUUUCUCCUGCGAUGUGGAAACACAAAGGUUGAAAGCACGGCGAAGGUUCCUUAGAGCGCCGUCCACAUAAAGGAGGCUGAUGAAACCCGGUCCAUGCAGAUCCACGCCUCUGCUCUGGGAGGACUGAUCUCCGUCUUCUCAUGUGACCUGAGUGGACAGUUAUCUGACCUGUUCAAAUGUUUUAGUGGUGGUGUCGUAUCUGUCACAUUCAGCACUCAGCACACAUGGUACCGUAUCUCCUGUGUCUGUGUGUGCCUUAUGAACCCUGAAGCCUGCUAACACACACCUGUCCUGAAACUAAAGGUGUCUCCGUGAUUUUCCAUCUCCACACCGUCACCAUGGGCUGGACUGAUUUUGUGUCUGUUAUUUUUGGCUUUGAUCGCUUUCAGGAGGUGGAUAAUGACCAUGAGUGGGGUGCUGUCCAGAAAACAGGCUCAGCAGAUCCCUUUAACCGUCCUCAUUGUACACCCUCCUUUAACCCUUUCAAACCACUGUAAGAGAAAACAGCAUCUUCUGUCUGUACUUGUGUAUCCAGACUAUCAUGACUGUAGACUUAAGUUUGUAAACUGAUGCAAGUUUUUUAAUAUGCAUCAUGGGGCAGAACUCAUUUGACAGGCAGGUGCAUUUCCCGCCUUCUGAUUGGCUUGUUUGUCUACAGCGUGGCUUAAGGUCUCCUCGGCGCUUAAGUUUGUGUCCAACUAGUUUGCUGCAGUAAAUAUCAUUGGAGAAAAGUCAGUGUUGGUCGGAGCGUUCAUUCACAUCAUCCUGAUCUUUACUGCACUCACAGUUAUAGCCUCAGAAUAAUGUAAUGUGUAAGUGUAAUCUGAGAGUUUGCAGGAAAUGUCUUAAAUCCAUUAUUGACCUUUUCGGUACUUCCUGUCUGAGCGAGUUUCUGAAGAGUGCUGAGAGGUUUUCCUGCCUCUGAGGUUUGACUUUAUGUUAGUGCGAGCCUCCAGAUCUGUCACACUAAACAAGUUAUGAUGAGGGUCGUUAAUUCUAUUAUGAUUAUAUUAUUGUCAUAAUUAUCAUAUCAGUUAUUAUUAUUAUUAUCAUUGUUAUUAUCAUUCUCAUUAUUUUUAUCAUUAUCAUCAUUAUUAUUACUGUUAUCAUUAUCAUCGUUAUCAUUAUUAUAAUUAUCAGUAUUAUUUUAUAUCGUUAUUAUCAUUCUCAUUAUUAUCAUUACCAUAGUUAUCAUUAUGAUUAUUUUAUAUCAUUCUCAUUAUUGAUAUCCUUUUUAUCAUCAUCAUCAUCAUCAUCAUCAUCAUGUAAUGAGGUUAUUUGCAGCACGUGCUUCAAACUCAGACAUGAUUUUCUGGUUGUUUUAAGUUGGUCCUGAGUUAUCUGGUGUUGUUGUGGGAUGUUCUGAUCAGGUUCAGAUGGUUUUGUUUGUUUCGAGUUUUCUCAGUCAUUGGUCCGUCCUGUGCAGUAAUACUUAUACUUAUGAAUAAUCAAGUAUUGGUGCAUUUGUGGUUUAUUUCUGUGGAGGUUUUCCCAAAGCGCACUAAGAUUAAAUUGGUGGUAUAAAUCUGGUGUGGGUCUUAGUUGUGCUCCGGUCCGGUCUGGUCCAGGUAAAAGCAGGAAACCAGUUUGAUCUCCUCUCUGUGAUUCCCUCACUCUUCAGAAAGCAGCACCAACACACGACUCUCUGCUGACAAACUGACGGGUGAUAAAUUUCUGAUUGGGAGAAAACUCGAUGUGAGAUAACCUGAAGUCUGUCAAAUGUCGGUUCUGCCCCGUGUUGCGCCAACCUUGAAUCCAGUUUGAUGUGAGUGUUUUUCCAGUGAGACCUCUGUCCCCUUUAACUCUAACGCUGACAGCUCUGCUGACCUCAGCUGGGAUUGGAGAGGGUAAAAAUUCCCAUCACCCCUUACGGUUCUGAGAAAGAGUCUCAUGGCGAGGUUUAUAGAAGGUGUUGACUGGUGUCUGACGCUGACAGGUUUAAUCAUGGAGAGACAUCUUGGCUAAAAUUUUUUUAAAGGCAGCUACACCAACUAGACAACCGAGAAACCUUCAUACAGCAGGACUGUAGAAACCAAGCAGACAACCAAACCUGUUCACACUCACUCACCAACCCCCCUCUCUGUAUCCGGGUCCGCCAAAUUAUUGUUACGCCUCGAUUCCACGGAGGUGAGAUCUCCGGGAAUCUAUUCAUGUCACAGCACCUUCAUUCAGAUGAUCUUUAUCAUUAAAAACACUUCACAUGUAUGACGGUGAAAAUAGGGCGUGACUGUCAGCUGUGAGCCUCAUAAGGACACAAACACCAAAAACUGAAAGUUAGACAUUUACAGACUUUGAAAACAUGAGUCAAACUCUGACCUCUGAGAAAAUAUCAUCUAGAAUAUGACGAGGGUUGAAAGUACAGCCGAAUAACUGCUGACACUGUUACUGACACCUGAUAAAACUGUCCUGAUUGUGCUGGAAGUGGAGCCAACAGCUCACCAAACGACAACCUCGGUUUCACAGGAGUUGGGAAGCUUUACUCAAAGUCGAUAAAACAGAUUCGAUGGUUUUUGAAUCGUUUAAAUCUGACUUUGUUCAGAAAGAGUCAAAAGACAACAUGUCCGACGUUAAAACAAAUUAAGCUGGAGUUUUAUGAAAAAUGAACGCUCACUUUGAGUUUUUGUUUCCAGGCAGGUGCCACCAACCCUCAGUAGACCUUAGUGAACCCAGCAGACCAGGUUCUGGAGUCUGACAGUCAAAUGUUGUCCCAGUCUUCCCUGAUAAAGGACUGCAGCUGCUCCACAGUUCAGGGUCUGCUUGGUCCUGGUUUUGGGGUCAUGAUGGUCGCUCCUCUGUAAGAACUUUUUUCCUUCUUGGUUGUUUCUUCCUUUAAACAUGUUGUCACAGUUAUAAUUUUAUUAGGUAGAUGUUUUUGUUUUAAUCUCCAAACUUUUCAGUUUCAACAUCUGAUCUGUUGUCUUUACCCAUUUCCAGUCAAAAGACGAUUUAAACGACUUGCAAACCAUCAAAAUCUGAAUCAUUUUGAGACUUCCUGUCUAGUUACCACCUGUCGUUACUUUGCGAUACCGGGUCAGACCUUUAAAAGAACUUUUUUGUUUUUAUACCAUCAAGCUCAGACCUUUACAGCUGGGUCUUCAGCCUCGGCUUUCUGACCCUGCAGUGCAAACAUCCAGACUGUUAAUAUCAUGUCUCUGAAUGCCUGUUUUCUGUCUGACCACUUUAAAUGCACGUGUACAUAUCAAGUAUUUUAAAGCUUUAACUGUACAGUGUUAUGUUCAUAUAAACUGUAAAUAUUGAUGAAUUAAUACCCUGUUUUUGGUAUUUUUGUCCUCUGUGUGCCGUUUUUACGCCUCACAUACAGUAGAUCUAAGUCUAAAUAUGCCAAACUAACGUUGAGCUCUGACAAACACAGAGGAUGAUAAUAACACACAGAUUUAACACACACUCACAGACCUCCUGUCACUGAUCUGAAGGUAAGUGUGUAUCGUCUUAUUUUUACUUUCACUCACCUUUACAGUGUUUAUGUGUACAGCUGUGUCUCUGACAGGGUCGCUCUCUCUUACAGAUCGUCAGUAGCCUUCUGCCACAGUGCCGCUCCUCCUUCCCUCCCCACAGCUGAGGGUUUGAGCCUCCUCAGCUCCUCUUACAGGUAAGAGUUCCAAAGCAGUCCCACAGAAGUACCUGCAGACUCCACAGGGACGCUGUUACACGGUCUGCCCUCCACAAACGUUCCCUCAGGCUGCAUGCUGUCCUGUUUUCCUCCGUUUAGAGAGCUCAGUCACCCACAUCUGAGAGGUGUGAAGCAGCAGGACCAGCAGAGUUUCUUUAAGAGUCUGAACCUAAAGGAAUAAAGGUUCUUUGAUUCUUAUGGAGCCUCGUCUUCUGUUGCCAUAGAAAUAAACUAUAAAAGCUUCUUUUUUGUGUCUUUACUUGAAAUAUUCUCACACUUUUAUAAGCUGUUGGAUCGUCUCUCUACUCCUCGCCCGUAUCUGCUGUUCUCGCUGUCGUACAUUUAAGGCAGCAGUGAGGAGAGCUCAAAGGAUGAUGGGUAAUGCUGGGACAGUGAUUCCUGUAGCUCCCGCCUCCCUGCUCUCGGGUCUAUGAUGUGUUUCCAUGACGAUACCAAAGUCUGCACUUCCUGUCUCCAUGUCGUCUCUCCACCAUGAUCUCUUCUCCUUGUUCUUCUCACUCUCAGCAGCAGACCCUCCUGGACCACCCAGCAGACGCCCACCAUGAGUGCCUCCUGUCUGGACUCCCUAAGCCCCUCCCCCUCCUGUCCUCUCACAGCACCUGACCUCUGACCUCUGCGCAGACUCGCCCAGCUGAUCACUGUCCCGGAGAGUGCCUGGCUCACACAGACGAGCUUCUCUGACGUUUGCUACUGCCGACAGAACCUCCUGACCUUACAGACCCGCAGAACGUCUCCAUCCAUCCAUCUCCUCAGGCCUUCAGUUUGUCUUUGUGGUUAUUGUGUCUGUGAGCAGAAAUAUUUGGUUGAAUCGUCCUUUAACGUGUUUUUUAUGUGCAUCACAGCAGCAGCAUGGCAUUAUGGGUAAGCUAAAAUGUGUGUAUUCCUUUGAGCAUGUGCAGCUGUGCUUCAUGUGUCAAUCAUUACCCCCAAUUUUCACCGCGUCCGGAACGGUGGCGAUAUUCACUGUCCGCCAAUUCCCAUCAGAUCUGGUUGUGAGGCGAAUUUUGUGGCGGAUUACGGACAGCGGUAAUCACAAGAACCCGCGGAUUCACGUUCAAUUGCGCGAUACAGAGUUGUCUCUCUAAAGACAGACACAUAGACAUAUAAGCAGUAGAUUGUGUCCUUCCAGAGGAGGAAAUCUACUUCUAGACUUCUAGAAUCAGCAUCUCCUCAUCCAUGGUGUCAUCGGGGUGAAAUGACGUCUAAAAACCUUUCACUUGUUCGUCUCCGCCCGUUUGCAUGGUGUGAAAGCUACGAUCGGAGGAUACGACCUUUUAGCAGACGAUCAGGAUGAAGGUGGAAAUUGGGGGUUACUCAUAAAUUCAUGUAGAGGAAUAAUCUGAAAAUUGUCUCGUCAGAAAAGCACAAACUGAAACCACGCAUUCCAGAAACAUCUCGAUUAGCUGACUGUUAGCAUCAUUUCCAAACCUGAGCGAGCGUUCGAACUCACCGUGUUCUCUUUGUGUAGUCGACGGUAUUUGGAUGUAACCUCAGACUUUAUCACUCGCAGCGCUCACUCAGACUGCCAACAUCUAAAACCAACAGGAUCCAGGCUGGAGACUGCAGAGAGACACAAAGAGUUUAAAAACCACCGGAGACUAAAGAAACCUGAACCCUGUGUGCUCAGAUCAGGGAGGGUUCAUGUGUUUGAAGUUUCACUGUGUAAAACUGAAAUAAAAGAAGGUGGAAAACCUGCAAGUUUACCUGCAUCACGACCUGAAGCUGCAGCUUUUCACAGCAACUCUGAACACUGCGACACCUGGACCACAGAGAAACGUCAUUUUCUUUUUAUGAGCGAGUCGUCAGGAUGUUUCUUUGUUUGCUCGACUCAAAUCAAACCUGUGAAGAAGAGAUUAAUCAGCAUUAAAAAGCAAUAUUGUUGUUUGAGUCAAAUAAACUUAUGAUACUGAG